GCGGUGGACCAGCUUCGUCUCUGCCCUGUGAGGAGAGACUGAUAAGAUGACGAAGUGGACUGUCCUGGUAAUCUAAUCGAGGUAUAACUGAAUAAAUUAUGCGCCAUUUUGUACACCAGCUGGUCGUCUGAACAGUCAAAUGCAGUGCCUUUCAGUAAUGGUAUAUGAAUGCAACAGAACUGACCGAGUCAAUGCGGUGGUAGUGUAUAUUGAACGAGAGACUAUCGACAGAUCCGUGGACGACUAGAAAAGUCAGUGCCAGUCGGGAAGAGGCGACAGGGUACCGGUUGACAGGACGAGGCCGGUCCAAUGCGUCCCGGGGUGUAGCUGCAUGGAGCACAACUGACCCUGGUGAAGAGUGCCGCAUGUAACAUGUAAGUCCCCUGUCCACUCCGUUAAUUGUCCACCUGACUGGGGGGAUUGGGACUACCACCGUGUUGACUCGGCCUUUGCUGGCAUAUUUUCAUCCCCAUCCCCGAUUUUUGCUGGUAUGAUUUCGGCGCUCAACCAAUCCCUUGUACCUUCCACAACUUGGGAAGAUAUUGCGGGCCCGAUUCAUCAGACGAUUGGCCAAAUCCAGCAAACUGAUCUUCGCCGGAAAUUUUCUCGGGCUGCCAAAAUGUACUAAGUAGGCUGUAGCGCUGCAAACUCGCCCCAUUCGGCCGAAAUUUACCAAUUUCAGCGUUGUAAGGAACGAAAUCAGCGCCUCAAUAGUGUCAAGAUUGGUAGCGCUGGUCGUGCGAAAUCGCCUUUAUUAAGCCCAUUGUCUGUUGACCCUGUCCGCUGACCCAGUGACCUGAUGAAGUCCGUGAUAAAGAAGGUCACGAUGUCACUCGGUCAAUGAGAAUUUUAAUCGUCUUCUUUAUGGUACGAAAAAAAAUGAGAACCGGUACAUGCCAGCUUACACCAAUGGAUACGCGCUAACAACCGCAUGAUAGCCGCGGGCCGAACGCAGCCAUCCCCCUAAAACUGUCUGCCCUCUUGACUUACACACGUCAAAAAGAAUGUUACCAAGAAUAAAUACAGAAUUUUGAACUACAGGCCUACUGCAAAGAUUGUCUUUUUCGAACAGCGGCCUAUCAGACGUGUGACCCCACAGUGAUCAGACAUCACCCCACUUGAAAGACAAUGAUCUGGGGUAAGUGGAAAUCAAAGUCCUGUCGGAAAAGUCUAGUUGAGGCUACUGAUAUAUAAUCAAAUUGAUCGAACAUUUUUACACAAUAUCAUUUCACAACACAUGAUAUCAGUAUAUGUAUCGAUACCUGCGCCGGCCGGGCCUUAUCCAAUUUGCCGAAACUGCUCUAAACCGGAUCCAAAACGUCACGUGGCCUACUGCUUUUUUAACUCGACAUAACUUUUUCGGUCGAUGUUAGUAUGACGCAGUUGUGAGAAUGCGGGGCAUAGCAUUCAGCGACACAGGGAUACCAGUAGUCCUUUCAGCAAUGUUCGAAUGAAAGUUCAUGGCUGCAAGAAGCACCAGCCUGUGAUACUUGUCAUAAAUCAUAUCGCACUGGUGCCUGGGAAACCGGCGAGCACAUGUUUGUCUAUUUAUAUCACCCGACCUUGACGAACUCGAGCAGACAAUAAAGGGCCGUUUGCCAUCGUCCAGAAGCUUUUGUGAUAUUUUAUAGUUGGGCAAGGCUUCGGAGGAUCGUGAAAAUCGGAAAUAAAACCUUCUUGGGAGAGUCUGCACUUAACUGGUCAAGUCAACUGAAGUCUCUGCAACUGGACGCCCAAGGAAUUAAACCACAGGAUGUCGUGCAUAAGGAAAACGCCUAGCCGCCAGUGUGUUCGGGAUAUCAGCCCACACUGGGGCUGGAUGGUCGUAGUAGCGGCAUUUGUAACAAACUUCAUUGUGGUCGGAUUGAGUAAUUCUUCGGGGUUGUAUUACACGGAAUGGAUGGACCAUUUCCAGUCCAGCAGUGGUGUGACGGCUUGGAUAGGAUCAAUGAACAUUGGAUUGCUCUGCCUAGCAGGCCCCUUCGCCAGCUUUUUGGUCGGACAUUUUGGAGACAGGAAGGUUGUGAUAGUUGGAGGACUGCUGGCUGCCGUUGGUCUCAUUUCAUCAUCAUUUGUUGAGAACGUGUACGUCCUCAUGGUGACGUAUGGUAUAAUUACAGGUGUCGGUUUCUCCUUCUGCUUCAACUCCAUGGCGACUGUUCCGAUGUUCUUCUUCACACCGGAGAGCGCAGGUCUCGCAAUCGGCCUGGCAAUGAGUGGGGGAGGAUGUGGCAGUUUCAUCAUGCCUCUCCUCAUUCAAUACCUAGUAAAGAUAUUCGGCUGGAAAGGCUCGCUUCUUAUCUUAGGAGGACUCACCUUGAACGUUGUUGUCUGCGGUGCAUUGCUACGGAGCCCAUCAAUGCCAGAUGAGGACCCUCCACCUAUUGGGACAAGACGUCUGCGACGCAGGAGCUCAGUGGUGAAAGUCAGUUUGCUCAAGAACUGUUCAUUUUUGCUGUUUAUUCUCCACCAAACUCUGUUUACAAUCGGAUCCUCUGUCGUCUACGUCCACGUGUCAGCUGUAAUAGAAAUUCUAACUGGGGAGGAGCGCUUCCAUUGCCAACUGGCUUUGACCAUGAUUGGUGUGGCAAACUUUUUUGGCAGGAUUAUCCAAGGUGGAUUAGGGGGGUUAAAAUGUGUCAACGUGAUGAGUCAGUACCUUCUAUCAUAUUUGAUUGUUGGUGGUGUCAUCCUUGCAUUUCCGUCCGUACCAUAUUUUCCAGUUUUGCUUUUUCUGUGCGGUGUGUUUGGAUUCUGCACUGCACCUUAUGCAACUCUCGUUCAGCUGAUAGCAGUCAAAAUUGCUGGACUGCACAACCUAAAGGUUGCCUAUAGUAUGUUUCUCUUCAUGUGUGGUAUUGGCUUACUUGUUGGUGCACCUAUAGCAGGUAUCUUGUAUGAUGUGACAAAGCGAUACGGAACUUCUAUGUACUUUGGUGGCACUUCUGUGAUACUGUGUGUCCUGGUGAUGAUAAAGCCAUGGUAUGACGAUAUCAAAACCAGAAUAAACCUGCGUAAAAUGAGGCCAGAGACAUAUAACAGUUUUGUAUUCGACAUUAAAGAAAAGACUGAAGUAGUCAUUGUGAGUACAGCAAGGACACUCAACGAGGAAACUAUAUCCAUGUUGUAAAAUUUUACGAGAACUUAACGGAGCUAUAAACCCCGAUAUUCUGAAGCGAUCUACCUCAUUGUUCGUUGUUGAGUAGAGUUCUGUAGAUUGACUAUGUCACAAACUGUGUCGGGAGUUUGUUGCUUGUAUUUAGAUAGUUUGAGUUCUUUGUAUACCCAAACCAAAAAAUUCUACAAGAUCGGUGUGGUUCACUUCAAGGAAAUUGGGUUCUAUUUCGUAUGGCAUUUGGCUAGAAAUAUAGAUCUUAAAUGCAUCUGUGUAGUUGUUCAAUGUUCUGACACUUUCACCAAAAGGACAGCAAUGUCUUGUAUGUCAGGAAAGUAGGCAUUCAUGGACGUGGAUGUUUUCGUAAAGGCAAAGAUUUGGGGUGAAAAUAGAAAAGAAAGAAGUUUGUGUGUGGGGAGAGGUUACGUUUAUGUGUAUGCGUAUUGAACAUUAGGUACGUUUGUGUGUCAUUUUUUCAUGUCAUGUUACUAUACAUCUGAAAAGGGUCAUUUUCCUCAACCAAGCAUGACUCUGUGUUUAAUUCUCUAUUGGCAGGGUUAAGUUGUUCAUUUGUUCAUUUGUUCAUGUAUCGUAAAGAAUACUAAUAUCUCAGGGAAAAGAACUUGCUAUAUUUGCCAUUACUUAUCUAGCAGAAUGAGUAUGUUGCUAAUUAAGAAUGAAGAUCCGCUCUGCAAAUACUGACCACGGUGGACACUGUGCAGACCAAAUUUCCGUAAGAUUCAGUACGAAAUGCAUGGGGCUAUUCCACUUAUAGGUUCAUUUUGUCAGCGGCUUUCUCAAUCUCAAGAAUCUGGACUCGUACGACAAUCUAUUCUUUUUGUUUCACAGCGUUGGAAAAAAUACUAUUGAUGGAGUCGUCCUGUUCUGAAGUUUAACCUUUACUUUUGUGCUGUGGUUUAUUUAACUCAAUAUCAAAUGCAUAUGAUGUUAUAAUAACAAAGAUUUAUACCAAAUGGACACCGAUUAUCAUAGUAAAUUUCCCAAAGAGCGCGAAUAUUGAUUGUCUUCUUGUGAUGCUAGUGCAGGCGUUAUGGAAAACAUACUACUUAUAACCCGUUCAUCAAUCGUAACGGUGGAUGAGGUAGCAGCCCGGGAGGUUGCUUUUUACUCGAUUCGAUGUGAUAUUCUGGUGCAUAAUGUACUUCAACCCGAAUAACUUUCAAGUGAUGCAGUGUUGUUUGACCUACCCGGUGUGCAUUUUAUGUCAUUCCCGUAGUAGGAACACUACACAAGAUACCAGUAUUCAAAUGAUGUGUCUGUUUUUACCACCAUGCAUGUAAUUCAGUAUAUCACAUGUGAUAUUCAUAUAUAUCAGAAGAAAAUUUGUUUUUACUGAAAAGUUGUUUCACUGUCAACGUAAUUAGAAAUUUGCUAUGUACAUUGAAUUUAGAUUUAAAUGCCUGGUAUGGGCAGCGGUAUUAUAUUGACCCCAUUUGUUUUGUUUGAAAAGGUAUAUCACGAGUCAGAUGUCUGAUGAAUAUCUAUACUACUUGUACUAAAUCUGUAUAUUUGACUCUAUGCUGGGUCUCCCCCAUCCUGAAAUCAGGUUUGUUUUACUCCGCUCCUAUGUCGUAUACAAUACAUCGAGAGGCGGAGUACUGAAAAAAAUUUAAAAACAAAUGGUGCCAGGAUGGGUCUCCCCAGGAUAAUCGAAAAAAGCUGAAUCAAUUUUAAAACGUUAGAGCUCUUAGUUCUAUCUUUGUUCUAUGCAUGUACCGACGGUUGUCUUGUCAUUCCUUCUGGGAACACUCAGGCUCCCACCACAGCAGGCCACCGAAUCAGGGGAGAGUAACGAAGAAAUCCACAUUAAUGUGUGGAUUCCUUCUCCUUCUUAUACCUUAACACAUAAUGUACAUUUUACAAUGUUUUGACCCCUUACUGACCCUUGAGUCAGUGGCCUGUGGUCCAAGGAUAUUGAUAAUUACGUCCAUAAUUUAAAUGCAUUAUUCAGAAGAAAAUAUAUUUUUUACUCUGAACCUUGUAUAUUGAAAAUGUUAUAUGUACGUACGUGUAUAUUACUUGGAUUUGCCUUUGGUUUGACAUGUUUCAAAAUGUUUAUUGUAUAUACAUUAUAUACACUAUAUGAAUAUUCCAGAUGGCCUCAUAAAUUUUUGAUGAUACCAGUAAACAAUGUGUUACUUUA